AUCUGCUUCUUGCUUGACACAGUGUUAGAUGGCAGAGACCAGGAAUUCAAGACGGUUUGUGGCCAGUUUUUUGUAGACAGAGAUGGUGUCUUUAGUUUUAUCUUAGAUUUUUUACGAACUCAACAGCUUUUAGUACCUGCUGACUUCUUAGAUUAUUUUAGGCUUCAGAGAGAGGCUCUUUUCUAUGAACUUGACCCUCUCAUUGAUCUCUUAAACCAAGAACACCUGCUACAGCCACGACCUGCUCUCAUGGAGGUGCUGUUCCUAAGCCGAAACGCUAGAGCUUUUUUCAGGGUGUUUGGCUCUUGUAGCAAAACAAUUGAGACACUAACUGGGAGUGUCACAGUGUUGACCGAGCACCCUCCAGCACCAGCCUGGAGUAGGAACUUUCCCCCUCCUCAGGUGACCUUACUUUCUUUGCCUCCACAAAGACCUUCUAACCAUGACCUGGUUUUCCAGUGCGGCUCUGACGGCACUACUGAUAGCCAGUCAGGAGUCACCUAUUUUGUACUUGGAAGUCUCUCUCUUCUAUACCAAUUCUUGAUGUUUCCCCUCGAAACUGAAACUUUAUUAUGCCUGAAACUUUUCUUGGAAAAAAUGAUUGUUCAAAAUAAUGUUUUGGGGUAACCAGUAGAGUUGGGUAGAAUGACCAGAUAGUUACUGUCCAAAUGGAGAUAUUUUUCAGACUGAAAGAGAGUAAGUACUGUUAUAAAGUGGGACAACAGGAAUAAACCAACACUGUCCAGGGAAAACUGGAACUAAGGUCAUCCAAGCUGUAGCGGGAAAGAAUCUUAGAGAUGAUGUUCCAUUGUUAGGACUGAGAUGCAUUUUCCCCUGAGGAGACUCUUUUAGGCUGGCAUACAGUAAAGACUCAGUACUUUCUCCUCAUUUUCUAUGUUCCAUAUAUAUAUUCCUUUUAGUCCUUAUGAUUUGACUACUGAUUGUUUUAUUAGCCCACUCUAUUUUUAAACACCAUUAAGGCAUAUAUAUUCCAUGGCAAACUUUGUAUCCUGUUAAAUCUUUGGCAUGCUUAGUCAACUCCAAUUGUUGGGCUAGGCUACCAGUAUGUCAAGGAUGGCUGCUCUUGAAUCAGUCAGUCAUUUUCUUCUUUUGUUUUUGGUUGGACCCUAAGCCUAAUUCCA